UGGGCCACUGGGGGGGAAAGCCGGAAACCGCACUGCCGGCCUGCCGCUAGUCUUCGUCGUCGUCGACGACUCGUCGCGGUGGUGCCUGCCUGCGGCAGCUCCGGAGAGUCCAGGCCGUACGCUAGUCGGGGUGCGAGAGGAGGGGAGAGGAUGGGUCGGUCUCUCCCCGUGGCGGUAGCGGUCGUCGCCGUGGUCCUCGUGUGCUGCUCCGCUCUCUGCCGCGCCGAGCGGCUCGGGGCCAGGGAGUGCGAGGACCUGGGGUUCACCGGCCUCGCUCUAUGCUCCGAUUGCAACGCGCUCUCCGAGUUCGUCAAGGACCAAGAGCUGGUGGAGGAUUGCCGUAAAUGUUGCACCGAGGAUUCAGAUGAUUCUAUCAGCAAGCUCACAUUUUCUGGUGCAAUUAUUGAGGUGUGCAUGAGAAAACUGGUAUUUUAUCCAGAAGUUGUUGGCUUCCUCGAAGAAGAUAAAGAUGACUUCCCUUAUGUGGAAGCCCGUUAUUCCUAUGGUUCUCCGCCAAAGCUCAUAAUGCUUGACAACAAGGGUGAACAGAAGGAGACCAUAAGGAUCGAUAACUGGAAGCGAGAGCACAUUCGGCAGUUUCUCAAGGAGAAAGUGAAGCCAGUGAAAUUAGACAGCUGAGUUCUUGCAUUAAGUGCCUCAACAUUUCCAAGUUGACGUUGCCAUAGAACCUACGUAACUUGUACUUUGCUAGCAAAAUCGUAGAUGAUAUGAGAUUUGUGUUUAAUUCUGUGUUAUCUCACAUGUGUACACCUCAAAAUGAUUGUACAAGAAGCUUGUGUGGCCCUACAAGUUGUUUCCUGGUAAGCCAGUGCACGUCAAUAAAGAUGGCAAAAGCUCCUUUAUUACAAUAGAAAUAGAAAUAAACACAAGAAUGAGCCCAUUCAUUUUUAUAAGCAAAA